AUGGACUGGUUCUCCUGGUUGUCAAGAAGCAGCCUUGCGCCCUCACUAAUCUAUGAGUAUGGUCUUGCCUUUGCCCGUAAUGAGCUCCAAGCAGAGGACUUGACCUACUUCAACCAUGAGUUUCUUCAAAGUAUGGGGAUUUCAGUAGCCAAGCAUAGGCUAGAAAUACUCAAGCUUGCCAGGAAGGAUGUUGGGGCAGGUCCAAAUAGCCUUUCUAAGUUCAUUUUGGCAAUCAACAAGACCAGAAAGAGCAUAAAGAAGUGUAUUAAUAAGUUUGUGUUUCAUGGGGAUUCUGCAGCGUUUAAGGCUGAGCUAGAGCCAGAGUUGGCUAGAUGUCAAGGGCAGUGGACAGGAGGAGCAUUGACAAGGAAGUACAUGAGUGAGAAGGAGAUGAUCAAAGUAGAGCAGCCUCCAAUACUCAAAAUCAAGAGACAAGCAAAAUCUGGGCCUUUGGAUACUAGGAUGCAAGAGAAUUUGAUGCAGGCCAAUAGAUGCUUGAAGCUGUCUGGGCCUCUGGAUGGGAAGCUGCAGGAGAGAUUGGUGGUUGCUUAUAGAAGCCCAAAAUUAUGUGGGACUCCAGAGGGAAGGAUGCCACAAAGGUUGAUGGUCACUAAUAGGAGCCCACAACUACCUAGGCCCUUGGAUGCAAGAUCCACAAGCCCAAAAGUUCAUUGUGAUUACAGCAAGGAAAGAGGAAUGAAUGGUGAUUUUGAUGAUCAUUCACUUUGGUCUGCACUUUUUCAGGACAUGAAACCCACUUGA